UUCCCUGUUAUUCCUCUUAAAGUAACCAGCAUUAAAGUCUUUGUAUCUUGGUGUGUGUCCUUCCACACUUUUCUUUGUUCCCAUGCACGAACUGUAUGGACCUCUAAGUGCUGCUUCUUGCCCAACAAGAAUGGAAGCAUACUGUACACCAGUGCCCCUCAAAAUGUUGUCCAGGACCCUUGGGAAUUCUCUAAGAUCCUUUCCAGACGUCUGCCAGCAUAGCUAUUUUGGCAAGUACAUCGCCUCAACACAGCGACCUGACGGGACCUGGCGAAAGCAACGGAGGGUGAAAGAAGGCUAUGUGCCCCAGGAGGAGGUCCCAGUGUAUGAGAACAAAUAUGUGAAAUUUUUCAAGAGUAAACCAGAACUGCCCCCCGGGCUGAGCCCUGAGGCCACUGCUCCAGUCACCCCAUCCAGGCCUGAAGGUGGUGAGCCAGGCCUCUCCAAGACAGCCAAACGCAACCUGAAGCGGAAGGAGAAGAGGCGGCAGCAGCAAGAGAAAGGGGAGGCGGAGACCUUGAGCCGGACUCUCGAGAAGGUGACCCUGGGAGAGACAGCCCAAGCCCCCAGUGCUCCACAGGCCUCCCGAGCAGUGCCUACAGCUGCCUCAGACCAGCCCGACUCAGCUGCCACCACCGAGAAGGCCAAGAAGAUAAAGAACCUGAAGAAGAAGCUUCGGCAAGUGGAAGAGUUGCAGCAGCGGAUCCAGGCUGGGGAAAUCAGCCAGCCCAGCAAAGAGCAGCUGGAGAAGCUGGCUAGGAGGAGGGCGUUGGAGGAGGAGCUAGAGGACUUGGAGCUGGGCCUGUGAGGCCCUUGGGGAAUAGGGGAUGGACUGCAGAACAAACCAUGGGGCUCUCUGGGGUCCUGGGGAAGGUGGGCAGCAGCAGUCAGGAGGGGGAGCGCCGUACUGGCUCACUUCCACCUCUCAUGGCCCAACUCCGUCCUCCAGAGCCUAGCAUCUCCCUCAUUCCUUCCCUUUUCUUCCCAACUCCUAUUUUUUUGGACUUUUCCCUCUCCUAUUCCCAGUGUUUAAAAUCUCAGUGACUACCCCAGGUACCUUUGCUGCUGAUUUGGGUGUCUUGUUUAAAAGAAAAUUGGGCGGGUGGGAAUCUCUUGGAGAACGGAGGUUGAGGGUAGGGGGAGUACGCCCAAGUCUUGGAGUCUUGGUUCCUGUUCACAGUGUUUAUGGGAUAUUUCCCCCUCCAUCCCUCACCUCUUUUUUUCUCUUUUUUCUUUCUUUUUUUUUUAAAGAACAGAAUAAACUCAAGUAGACAUGUC